UUGAUUACAGCAAGACAAAUGCUCGAACUGUGGAAGAAUUUAUACGAAGGUCAGACGAUAUCUGACGUACCAGAAUGUGACAGAAAAAGUGACACAAGAUCGGUGUUUCAACUAUAUACAUCAGAAAUGUCAGACAAAGACUCCAGCUCUCUACAACUUCACAACACCGCAGUGUCCAGGGUGGAGCAGGCGCUGAGCGAGGUUGCCAGUUCGAUGAGCAGUUUCAGUCCGAAACCCGGCCCGCAGAGGGCGUGGAUGUUGCAAUUGGAGGUGUGGCUUUUACUUGCCGAGCUGUAUUUGGCCUUGGACCAAAUAGCUGACGUGCAGCAAUGCAUUCAGGAGGCCAGUCAGAUUUAUCCGUUGAGUCAUCACAUUAUGCAUAUGAAGGGGCUGUUGCAUAUGCACAAUGAAGACUGGACGGAGGCAAAAUUCUGUUUCCAAAAUGCAGUGGCUAUAAACCCACUGCACGUAAAAAUCCUUACAACAACUGGGUUUAGUUUACCAUUACCUAGGAUUGCAAGGGUUGGCUGAAACUACCCUUAGGGAAGCGGCGAAAAUCGAACCUCACAAUACCAUUACAUGGUAUAAUUUGGGAAAGGUUUUGGAAGCGAUGGGAGAGUAUGAAAAAGCGGGUAAUUCUAUGGCUACAGCUUUAUUGGAAGAAAGAAAUAAUCCAAUAUUGCCGUUCAGUUCUGUGCCAUUAUGUUUUGAGUGAACCUAUGUCUGUUUUGGUAAAAAAAACGAAAUAUAUUAA